AUGCCCAGGAGAAGGAAAAACAGAGGAAGUUUAUCUCAAAAGACUGCAGGCUCUCAGAAGGUUGUUGUAUCCCGUGUUGCUAGUAAUGUGGAGCCAGCCACUACCCUUCCUCGCCAGCCGGAGAUCCCAGUUGACCCGGACAACCUCGUCACCAGUAUUUCAGAGAUGUUUUCUACUCUCGAUCCUGAUGUAGUCUAUAUGGUACUUUCUGAAUGUGAUUUCAAAGUUGAGAAUGCCAUGGAUUCACUAUUGGAAUUAUCAGCUUCUGGUCCCAAGAAAGAAGAGACCUUUUCAAACAGCUUGCCUGCCUCAGAGGACCUAGAAAGCACGGCAGAGAAUAAAACAAUGAGAAAAUGUCCUGGAAAAGAGUGGGAGGAUUCACACGUGGAUGCUGCUUUGGACAUCCUGCUGACUCAAGAAUUUGACAGUUUACCACAAAGGACUUUUGAGCCCUUUGAGUCUUCUGCUGGCCACUUAUCACCAUCUUGGCCUUUGCAAGAUGUUAAUAGUCUGAGGGAUUCCAGUGAAUACGUAAAUUCAGCUUCAGGUAGUUCAAGUCCCGUUCUUUUGCAACAAAAUCCGGAUUUGACCAAGGAAAUAACAGAGAAUUCUGCCUCUGCAUUAAACUCAAACUCUUUAACUUCACAAUCCGUUUCAAAUGAAUGCCAACAUUCUUUAAAAGAUGACAUCUUGGCAUCAGAAGAUAAAUCUCUGGACACUUGUCUCCCAAGCAGACCUUUACAUUUAGUAGAUGGUUCCAUUGUGGAUUAUAGCAAUCUUAAGGAAAUAAAGGAAAAGUCUUCAACAACUGAGUGCAUAGGGACUCAGUUCUCUCAAGGCCCAGCAGAUGGGAAUGCCAACAAACCUCACGUUCCUUUAAAUCUUUCUGCACAAAAUCCACAGCUUCAUGGACUAGGUACAGAUGGGAAUAAAAAUUUCUUUGCGCCUUAUAUGUUAAUACCUUCUGAUGGUCUCACUGUCAAGCUAUCCACACCUAAUGAACUAUCACCAAAGGAGAAGGGUAUGAAUUAUAGUCCAGUACUGGCCUAUGUUCCUAUAUUGCUGCCUCCAUAUGCAACCUCGCUGUUGUGGAAUCCAGUAAUGAACACCUUUAAUCUCUUUCAAGGGAACCAUGGCUUUGUAACUCCUGUUGUCACCACACCUGCCCACUGGAAUCCUGUCCAGUACAUUCAGUUCCCGACUAUUUCACAAACUUUCCAAACCUCGGGAUGGAAAAAUAAAGAUGGGACAAGUGCUUAUCAAGUGCAAGGACACUCAGUUUCUCCAGCUCCAACACAAAAGAUAAAGUCUUACUCCAAUCUCGUUCUUAUUCUUCUCAGAGGCCUUCCAGGAUCAGGCAAAUCUUCUUUGGCAAGGGCUUUGCAAAAGCAUAAUCCAGGUGGAGUUGUUCUCAGUACUGAUGAUUAUUUUUACAUAAAUGGACAAUACCAGUUUGAUGUGAAAUACGUAAAAGAAGCACAUGAAUGGAAUGAACAGCGUGCAAAAGAAGCAUUUGAGAAGAAAAUAUCUCCUAUAAUAAUAGAUAAUACCAACCUGCAGGCAUGGGAAAUGAAGCCUUACGUUGCUUUGUCUCAAAAACAUAAAUAUAAAGUCAUUUUCCGGGAACCAGAGACGUGGUGGAAAUUUAAACCAAGAGAACUUGCAAGGCGUACUGUCCAUGGGCUCAGCAAAGAAAAACUAGCGAGGAUGUUGGAACUCUAUCAAUGCUUUGUUUCAGUGUCAAUGAUCAUGCAUUCUUCAGUUCCAGACGAAACCCAGUGUAUGGAGCUGUGUGCAUAUUCUUCCGAGGACAAUAGUACUAGCUCCAAAGAUAAUGAAGAUACUCCCUCUGCAGAAGAAGGAAGCAUCUUAUGCUCACCUUUGAAGCACCUACAGUUAAAAGAAGAAAAGAAGCCUGAAGUCACCAGUGAAACGGUUACCCCUGAGAAUGCCUCAGCUCUCCUUUGUGUGGAUUUAGACAAAAGAAAUAAAGGAAAAAAGAAGAAACAAAGUGACGUGAAUCAGCAUAUUCAGGGCGGCUCAGAUAUGUCUUUUUCAGACUCUGGAAGGAAAAUGCAAGUGACAGACAAAAGUAAAAAUGAAGAGCAAGUAGAAAUGACUUCUGAAAAACAACAUAAUAAAACUGAUGUAGGUAGCUUGGUACAGGGAAUAGUGAGUAUUUAUCAGGAUGAAAUGGAUCCUGCAAGGAGUAAACCAUUUGACAAUGAGAAACCUUUGCCAUGUAAAGUUCCAGAGGAAAGAGUCACAGUGCAGAAAAACCCCUGUGGGAAACAAAAUGGAAAAUUAGCCCAAAAGUUGCCAACAAAUGAGCGAUCCAAUUAUUUUGGUGACUGGCCUGUAGUUACUAAGACUGUUAGUCAGAGGAUGAUAAAGAACCUAACAAGUUCAUCUGAUCAAAGUAACAAGAUGUAUAAUUGGUGCCAGUCAUUCGAAGCAUUAGAUGAUAGUUUCUCUCUGAAUGUGGAAUGUACCCAGCAGGAAGAAUCACCACAGGAUAGUAAAGAAGGUGAUAAGUCCCAGGGUGAUGAUGCUUCAGAAUUCUCAAAUUGCUGUAGAUAUGACACUUGGACAAAUACGGAAACAUUUAUAUCAAACUCAUUCAACGAUGUAGGUGACUGGCCUUUAUUUGUUUCUUUACCCCAGAGACAACCCAGAUCGAGAUCGCCAAAGUCUCAUUUCAAUGAACCUGAUGGAAUCGGUGACAAUAUGAGUGAAAUGCCUUUAUAUACCUAUUGGAGCACAAGCCCUGAAGAACUAAAAGCAUUGGAUUGUUCGACACCAAGGGGUUCUGAAAUGCUAUACAGUGAAAUGGGCCUGGGGAAUAAGAUGUGUCUAAGUGAAAAGAAUCAUGAACAAUGGGCGCUGUGUCUGUCCUCAACCAACAACUUGCCUGUUGUUCCUAGAGUAGUGGAACCACAACUUUUAGAAGACUUUCUAGAAGAAGAAGCUCCAGGAGUCUCUGAAGCAGAAGCAGAUAUGGGUACCCAAACUGAACCCCAGGAUUUUGCUCUCUUGUGGAAAAUGGAUACAAAUACGAUUAUGGUUUCAGAGUCCAUGAAAGUACUAAUAGGAAGCAUAGAUGGACCGGAAUCCUUAAACAUGAACGCAGAACCAGAUGUUCAAGAACCAGUUCCGUGUCGAGUCAUGCGUGAUAAAAGCACAUGUGUUGAGGAAAGUCAGCUUAUGGAUGCUGAUGAAUCUGAAAAUCUUAAUAUUCUUUGUAAAAUAUUUGCAUCCAUUUCACCGGAAGUCCUCAGUACCUUGUAUGAGAGGUGUAAUAGAGAUAUUGUUUGGACCACAAGUCUUUUGCUCGAUUCUGAAAAUAAGUUAUGGGAGGCUAUGGUAUUUAACAGUUUCCAAAUAUUGAAGGAUGAAUCUCAAACUGGGCCAUUUUCUCAGGGACUAGAUUUGAAGGAAAUUAUUAGACCAAAAGAGACUUUUGAGGGUUCUAAUUCUAGUGUGCAUGACUGUAAACAUGGAAUCAAUGUCAGUAACGCAGCAGAAGCACAACCUGCCUGUAACAGAAGAAGGGAAAACUCAGAGCAGGCAGCAAUAAAAUCUUUGAUCCCGAGUGCUGUUGGAGAUUGGGAGAACCCUGGACUACUUCCUAACAGCCACGGAGCAUUUCCAGAUUUAUACAGCAGUAAGCUGUCUUUUGCAGGUGUUCUAGAUUCUAGUGUCCCUAAGGAUGGGAAGGAAAUGGAAAAGACUCUAGUAACCGCAGAAGUUGGAGACAGUACACGUUCUUCGAAUUUGUUUCGAAUUUUAAGUCCUGCAUCAGGCACUUCACAUCUUGAAUUAAAUGAAGGCAUUUGUUUCACGGACCCUUUUGAACUGGAGAGAAAUGACAGUCAUUCAGAGGACUCUGCAGAAUUUCAGUUAUAUACAGAAAAAAUUAGGCCUGAAGAUAACCAGGGAAUGGAGACAAUUCCAAGGGCAGGAGAUAGCUUAUCAGCUGUAAUUUGUGAAAAAGAAAAGUUGAACCCUUCUCCAUCAGUGGCCCAACCUCUGGGCAUAAAUUGUCUGGAAUUGGCAUUGCCCCCUGAGGCGGCUUUACAGCUCUGUGAAUUAUUUGGCUCUGUUGGCAUUAAUAUAGAAUCUCUCACAGUUGAGGACUGCGUGGUUAAUAUAGAUCUGAAUCUGGCUAAAGUGAUUCAUGAGAAAUGGAAAGAAUCUAUAAUGGAGAGACAAUGCCAACAAGAAAUUGCCUGUGGUCAGCUUGUGCCAGGUCCUUCUUUCGUUGAGCAUGUUCGGUCAUAUAAUCCUAAACAAGAGUCAACUCAGAGAAGAAAUGAAAAACUACUGGAGGCAUCGGCACCAUCGGAAAUGCUUCCUGCCGCUCAUCAUUGGAAUGUGCAAAAUAAAAAAGUGUCACUCAGAGAAAUAAUGUCAGAAGAAAUUGCCAUACAGGAAAGGGAGAAUUUGAGAAGGACAUCUCUUAUGUUUGAAAAAGAUUUUGCCACCAAGCUGAAGGAGAAGCAGCUCUUCAAACAAUUUCCAACCAUAAACCAAAAUUUUCUGGCAGAUAUUUUCCAGGACCACAACUACUGUUUAGAACAAACACUGCAGUUUUUAAACUGUGUUUUGGAUGAAGAACCAGUGAAAACAGUCGUAGCACAAGAUUUUGUUCUCCCGAAUGAGAAUGCGAGUUCUCAUACUGCGCAGAAAUCAAAAGAGAAAAAGGCACGGAGAUCCAGAGAGGUGGACGAGACCACGUGUGACACGGCCCGGGAUGUUGAUUACCCAGCGUACGAUGACCACCGGGCAGAGGCUUUCUUGCACCAGCAGAAGAGGAUGCAGUGCUACUCCAAGGCAAAGGAAGCUUAUCAAAUGGGUAGAAAAAGUGUCGCCGCCUUUUAUGCCGAGCAGGGGCGUCUCCACGAGCAGAAGAUGAAAGAAGCCAAUCACCUUGCUGCGGUGGAGAUCUUUGAGAAGGUCAACUCCUCCCUGCUGCCACAGAACGUGCUGGACCUCCACGGACUGCAUGUGGACGAAGCAAUAGCCCAGCUGACGGCAGUCUUACAGAGGAAGAGCAAAGAAUUCAGACAGAGCAACAACGGCAAGCCCUAUCUGUCCGUGAUUACCGGCAGAGGAAACCACAGCCUGGGAGGAGUCGCUCGCAUCAAGCCAGCUGUCGCUAACUACCUCACCAGCCAUGGCUUCAGGUUCUCUGAGAUUAAACCAGGGUUUUUGAAAGUCAUGCUGAAGUAA